AUGAAGGCGAAAGGCGAGUUACAAGAGUACAAGGUGAUUGGCAGAGGUCUGCCAACAGAAAAGAACAGGACCCCAGCCCUGUACCAGAUGAGAAUAUUUGCACCUGACAAAGCUGUUGCCAAGAGCAGGUUUUGGUAUUUCCUUAGCCAGCUGAGGAAAUUGAAAAAGGCAACUGGUGAAAUAGUCAGCUGUAGUCGGGUUUAUGAUUCAAAGCCUCUGAAAAUCAAGAACUUUGGAAUAUGGCUACGUUACAACUCCCGUAGUGGUACCCACAACAUGUACAGAGAAUACAGGGACCUGACCGCUGGCAAGGCUGUGACUCAGUGCUACCGUGACAUGGGAGCACGUCACAGAGCCCGGGCUCACUCUAUCCACAUUAUCCGUGUCGAAGAGAUUGCUGCCAGCAAGUGCCGGAGACCCAACACAUUGCAGUUUCAUGAUGCAAAAAUCAAGUUUCCACUGACCCACAGAGUUCACAGAAAACUCCAUGCUCCAAGGUUUGCUGCCAGUAGACCACACACAACUUUCUAA